CAUGUGAUCUUUCAAGAUGGCCGCGUACAUUCAAUAAGUGUUAACUCGAAGAAAAUGGAAGAUUUAUGCGAAACAGUUGAUAAUUACGAGGAAUCUAUUAAAAAUAUAAGAAAAAGAGAAUUUCCUCAAUUAGAAGGUGUACUUUUCAUUGCCAAUUAAAUGCUUACACUGUCCAUUAUAUGAUUGAUUAUAUCGUUUAAUUGUUUUAUUUGCAAUUUAAUAGGUCAGUGUUCUGUUGUUUUGUAAAAGAAUUACAAAAAUAGUACAGUAGCCAGUAAUCAACCACUUGUUUUCUGUAACUGAUGGGAAAAAAACCUUUAAAGACUUUAUUGCAGCCCUUUUAUCUAUUCGUGUUUUGAUGAUUACGCUUAAUUGCUUUAAGUAAGAAACCUACGUAAUGAGACCAUGCUGUUACUUUGACAAAAUAUUAAAGAGCUAUUUAUCUCAUUACUUUAGCAUCUUUACUAUCAAUAGAACCAUUGAUCUUUCCCUUUAUUGGUAGGUUAUUUUCUUUUAUUAAACGUCUCAAUGGGUGUCCUUUUUUUAUUGUUAAACCUAACAAAUAAAGUCUAAUUAACAUAUAAAAAUAUCAAUUUUCUUAUAUAACACACUAUUAACUUUCCAUAAUGUUACCUGUUGUUAAAAUAGUUAACAACGGAUUCUACUAAAUUAAUUAAAAACAAUAGCUCCUUUAUGGCCUCGUAUUUCACUACUAAUGCUUCAAUUUCGCAUCAGUAAACUUAUUAAGUGCUAAUUUAAAAAGCAAACGUUUAAAAAUAUCUAUUCAAAUUAUAAAUACGUUCAAGAAGAGAAAUAAAACAAUACAACAUUCUCGCUAAAAUCUAUUGUUAUUCAAUUUUUGAUUGAAUAGAUAAUUGAAAUUGAUUAUUAAUUUUCUUUUUAUUUUUUAUCCUCCUUCCCUCCCUUUCACACACCACCCACACACACACAUAUAUAUAUAUGUAUAUAUAUAUACUCUCUUUCUUCUCUCUCCCGUCCCUCCGCACACCCUCGGUCUACUUAAUUGCUUAAUUAUACUGUUUUAUAUAAUUACAGAUUGGCAAACAAUCUUAGGAGAAUAUUUUUUAGGCGAAAAAAAACGCAAAACAAACAAUACUUUAAAUUUUCUUCAAGAUAUUCUGCGGUUGCUAUUGAUUAAAUAUCUUGUUUGUUUUUCAAUGUACACUUUGCCAAUGAUUCCGUGAGGGAAAAUUUAUGUAAAAUUUGAUAUUAUAUAUGUUUUUAUCAUUAUAUUUGAACCUAAGAUGUUGGAUAAUUGGAAAAUAUUAAAAAAGAGUGAAACGUCUAGCUGUUAUAAUACUUAUUGCCUUAAAAAAAACAGAAAUGUAUAAAAUACAGACAACAUUUAAAUAAUUCCAUACAAAAUUUCAGACAAUCUAAUUUGCUUUUAUGUCUGCAUUGUGUCAUAUAGGCCAAAAAUCUUAUAUAGGGAAGGAGGUAGGGGAGAGGGGCAGAGAGAGGCUUACUCUUUCAAACGGAAAAAUGGAAUCAAUCUAACCGUUUUUCUUUAGCUUAAUAUAUUUUUUGUCUUAAAUCUCCAUCUUAUAUUAUAUUUGUAUACAGUUUCUAUAGAAAACUCGUAAUAAAACAUAUCUUGAUCAUGCUGGUACUACAAUCUACUCAAAGAUUCAAAUUCAAACUUUUGCGGAUAAUCUACAGCAAAAUCUCUAUUCUAAUCCGCACAGUAAACACGAAAGUGGCGUGUUUACGUACGAUCUUAUAGAAAAUGUCAGAGAAAAGGUGCUGAACUUUUUCAAGACUAAUUCCGACGAGUACACCUUGAUUUUUUCCUCCGGCGCAACAGCUUCUCUUAAAUUGGUAGGAGAAACUUUUGACUUCCAGGAUUCAUCCAUCUUCGCCUAUCAUGAGGAAUGCAGAUAAUCUUCAAUUUCAUAUAUAUAGUGUAUUACAGUUUACGCUGUAUAUAUUAUAUAUAUAUAUAUAUAUAUUAUAUAGGCUAUAAUAGUUUUCUAUUGUUGUUUUUUAGAAACUUUAAUCUUUACAUUAUUAAAAUUUUAAUAUGAAACAAAAGGUGUUUUGAACACACGUAGUAGGUUGAAAAUCUGCAUUUCUAUAGGAUUGUCAUACAUCUGCCUUGGGAAUCAGGGAAUUAAUGAAGGACAAUGUGCGAAUUGAAUGCACUAGAACAUUUGAUUUAACAGGACGAGCCGGUUGUCAUAAUUUAUUCAUGUAUACUGCUCAAAGUAAUUUCUCAGGGAAUAAGUACCCUCUGCAAUGGAUUUCGAGAUGUCGAGAUAAUGGAUUUUCUGUCCUUUUGGACGCAGCUAGUUUCUGCUCGACUUCACUCUUGGAUUUAAGUGCUUUCAAACCUGACUUUUGUGUCGUUAGUUUUUAUAAAAUUUUCGGCUUUCCUACUGGUUUAGGAGCAUUAAUUGUAAAGAACUCCUCGGAUUAUUUGCUGAAGAAACGUUACUUUGGAGGUGGUACUAUUCUAAUGGCUCUAACUGAUACGAGAUAUCACGUAGCCAAAAAGAAUUUACACGAACGCUUCGAAGACGGCAGUUUGCCUUUCACGGAAAUAUUAGCACUGCAACACGCAAUGGUAGCUUUCGAAACUUUGACAGGAGGUAUACUAAACGUUCAGAAUUAUACUUUCAAGCUUGUAAAGAAAUGUGCUGGUCGUCUGAAAUCUAUUCAACACACAAACGGAAAGAAAUUGAUAGAAAUAUAUUCGUUACACGACACUAUUAAUAAGGACACGCAAGGACCAGUUAUUGCCUUUAAUUUAUUCGACGCCUCCGGAAACGUUAUCGGAUAUAGCCGUGUCACCAAGCUGGCAAAAGUAUUCAAUAUAGAAUUUCGGACUGGAUGCUUCUGUAAUUUGGGAGCCUGUCAUUACUUUCUGAAACUUUCUGACGAUGAGGUUCUUAAGCAGUUUGAUUUGGGUCACGUGUGUGGGGACGAUAAUGAUCUCAUUAAUGAUAAACCAACGGGUGCUAUAAGAAUUUCUUUUGGCUAUAUGACUUUAUGGGAGGAUGUCGAGAGAUUCUUGAAGUUUCUAACUAACUUUGUUGACGAGAACAAGGAGACAACCCCAACUAAACACCAGGAAAGGGAAUCUUGUUCGGUGGUUAUCGAACGCAUUUGCGUCUAUCCGAUUAAAUCCUGCGCCGCCUUUGAAAUAGAUGGAAGCUGGCCAAUUCUCAAUCAAGAAUUACUAUACGAUAGACAAUGGAUGAUAAUAACAGCUAGAGGAGAUACUAUAACUCAAAAGAAACACGCAAAUUUAUGCUUAGUUAAGCCAGAAAUAGAUUUAACUUUAAAAAAAAUAACUCUGUCCUAUCCAGGAGUAGACAACUUAAUUAUCUCUUUAAAGUAACUUUUUGUGAAUUUAAACUACUAUUAAUUAAUACAAACUAAAGUAUCUUUAUUUUUAACUAUUAUCAAAAUUAAGAUAAGAAUCACUAAUGAAAAGAAACGAAAAUUUUUAUUCUCAGUUCUCAAUCUCUUCUCUCUCCCUCUCUCUCUCUCUCUCUCUUUCUCAGUUUAUCUUAUGAAAAUUCGGCACAAAAAAAUCUAUUCUUCCUACUUUUUUACUCUUGUUUUUAUUAGAUAAAUUUUUUGUCCUUAAACUUGUAAAGAAUGAAAAGAUAGUCAAAAAACUAUUCCAAAGAGUUAGGGAGAAAGGAAGGGGGAUGAACCAAUGAGAGACAUACAGAUACAGAGAGACAGAGAGAGAGAGAGAAAGAGAUAGCAAAAAUGAGUAACUGUCAUAAAAGUAUUUAAACAAAUUGUUACUUUAAAAAGGUCCGUUAAAGGACGAAUUACUAGGAAGGCGACUGUUUGUGGAAAAAUGUAAGUACAAGAGCCAUCUACAGGAAAGAAUAAGGGGAAUUCUAUUUUUGUAAAUUCAUUUUAUCAAUUCAUUUGGAUAAAUAGUUAUGAAUGUCGAGUCGAAGAAGAUUUAUUCAAUAAUUUAGUAUACUUAUAGUUGAUUAAUUGGGAAAAAAUUGUAUAUAGAAUUAACAGGAAAUGAUAGUAAUUGUCCUUUUUUCUAUUCAUCACAAAGAGUUGAGGGUAUUGAAGAAGACGAAGAAGCUAGCGAGUGGUUUAAUCAGAUAUUGGGACUGUCAGGUUGCCGCUUAAUUCGAAGAAUUCCAUGUAAAUAAGAUAAAAAUUAAGCCUUUCUACAUAAAUAUUCAACAUUGUAAGUCAUUUAAAAGAAAAUUAUCUGUAUUUUCAUAAAGUAAAUGAAGGAAAAGGCGAUUUAUUCAGUAAUCAAGAGAAAUUACUUUUGAUCUCUAGAAGUAGUGUUCAAUCGCUUCUUUCCCUGCCAAAAUUUGGUAACUAAAUUUGCACCAAUUCUAGGGUUUUCCCUAAUUGAAUUAUCUUCGACAGAUGUAAGGGAAGAGGAUCGAUUCAGAGCAAACCUAAUUGUGAGCGGUUCUCCACCCUUUCACGAAGAGUGCUGGAAGGAAAUUACGAUAGACGGGCUGAAUUUAACAGUAAGUUUCAAGAAUAGAUUAGAAAUCUCUAGAUGGUGUGGAAAUUGAAAUUGAAACCGUCUCAAAUCGGAUUGGUAGAGCAAAAAACCAAACCACAGGCAGUCAUUCAUUAGACCGUCAUGCCAUCUGUAGUUUUUUAUUUCAAUCUUACUUAGAAUCUAAUUCAAACUAAUGGAGUGUUUUUUGACUCAACUUAGAAAACAGGAGAUUGUAAACGAUG